CCGCUCCCGGGGGCCUCCCGUCGCCUGCUCCCCUUUCCCCGGAGACGGGGCGGCAUGGCCCCGGGCUGGGCUUCAGGGAGCGCCCUACUGUUGCUGCUGCUCUCCGUUAGCCCAGAGGCGCUGGCAGGUAGGACAAGAAACCACGCUGCCCCGUUCCCGCGACACCCCCUUUCCCCGCCGUCGCAAAAAAAGUCCGGGGACGAGGAGGGAAGGUGGGGGCUGCGCGGGCGGAUCUGGGCCGCGCGGCUUCUACGGGGUUGCAGAGCUACCUUUGCCGAGGGCUCGCUCGGCUCCUCCCUUUGGCUCCCCGCCUUGCGCUCCCACCCGUCGGCCUCUGCGAGCGAUUGGCCAGUCCCCGUUGCAUUUUGCAAGAAUGCAGUGCAUGGCGCAGGCUGGCCCUCGAGGGCUGCGGCUCGUGCCCGCUGUAGCCUGGCAGCGGACACUCGGCUGGAGGAGGCGGGAGGGGAAGGCGCGCACGAAGUGAUAGUUUGGGGGCACGAUGCGUGCCUGUUGUGGCGCGCGAGCCUGGUGCCAGGUGCCCAGGCUUGUAAUCGAAGUUAAAAGAAAACAAAAGAAAACGCAUGUCUCUCCUGGGAGCUUCAACAAGUUUUACAACCAAACCAAUCUGCAGCUCGGCUGUAUAGUAUUGUUAAUGCCAAUAGUUUGGAUGCAAAACUUCUUACUAAAAUGGGAGAUUGGAUAAAUAGACACACACACCAGUGCGGAAGCAAAACUUGAUUUGUAAACCGGCACCUUAAUCUCAGGUAUUUAGGAGGAAGCCUAGUAGUGGGAAGUUGCACUCUGCACGUGUUCAGAUGCAUUACAUUGCUUCUCGUGCUCAAAGACUAAGACCUGACAUAAUAACUAAUUUCUGGAGUAGAAUCCUGCUAGAACCUGAGAAAUAAUCGGCUGAGCCAAACAGUGGACAGAGAUGGCAAGUGCUCUCUCUCCCCCCCCCCCCAUUCUGGUACUUCGGUUGCCUUUCGACAACCGAGGAUGAUAUCAACGUCAUCAGCAGUGGAAUGCAAUGAAGUGACUACCACCUUUUUGCAGUGUAUCAGCAUCUAGCACAGUGCAUUACAUUGGCUACAUCAUUAAGUGGUUGGCCAAGGCAAACAGCAGUUUUCAAGUUUGGAAACCCAUGUACCAGGCGAGAUGUUGACAUGAUUUUCUCCUGCAUUACACUAUACCUGCCCCCCCCCCCCCCGUCAGUGCCCUUUUAUUGGACAAGUUGUGUUAGCAAGAUUAGCAAGUAUUUGAGUUUCAUAGGACUCUACCUAAUGGAUAACUUUGUGCGACUUCAAAAUUAUUUACCUUGCCAGGUAAGUCCCCUAAAAGCCAUACUUUGAAGCAAUCUGAGGCUUUUGGAAUUACUUCAGAGUAGUCUUCAACAGGAUGACAUCAGGCUUAAGGCAAGUGCUCUGUUCAAACUGGUUUGCAGACUGAGCUGUUCAUCUUGCAGUUCUCCAUUCCAGGAAAAGAACUUGCAGGAUCAGAUUUCUGAAUAAUUAGAUUCUAAAUUAAUUCAUGCUGAGCCUUACAGUAUGAUAGAUGAGGCUUUAGCUAUUUGACCAUAAAGGACAGAAGAUGUAUUGCCUCUUUGAUCUUUAGUAUUUAUGCUGCAUUUUUUUUUAAAUCACACAUCAUUAAAAGGUUUUGGAAGCAAAUCAAAACAGUUGAAAUCAAUAGUAGUUUUUUCAUUGACAGUAAUGGGAUUUAGAUUGCACCCUUUGGACGUGAUUCAGAGGUACAUGCCUGUAGCACAUCAAAUAUAUUUUCUGCUUUUCCCAAUCAGUCAGAAGCUUCCUCCCCAGCCCUAUACCUCAAAUUGGCUUUUAAAACAUCAUUGAAAAAAGAGCAUUGUGGAUUUCUAUUAUGAGAGUUGCUGAUAGGAAAAUUGGCUGUAGUAAAUAGGCAAGUUACUGUUUUAUUAAUUCACACUAAACGAUCAAGUGCUUACAAAUGGGUGUUAUGUGGCACCUGUAUUAGUGCCAAUUCCGCUGAUCAAAGCAGUCAAAUGGGUACACGUAGGUCAGACGAUCUCGUAGGUGAACUGCUCCCAAGUUGUUAAGGGCAUUAUAUACUAAUAGUAACAUCUUGGGGUCGCAGGUGGCGCUGUGGGUUAAACCACAGAGCCUAGGACUUGCCGAUCAGAAGGUCGGUGGUUCGAAUCCCCGCGACGGGGUGAGCUCCCAUUACUCCUGCCAACCUAGCAGUUUGAAAGCACGAAGUGCAAGUAGAUAAAUAGGUACUGCUCCGGCGGGAAGGUAAAUGGCGUUUCCGUGCGCUGCUCUGGUUCGCCAGUAGUGGCUUAGUCAUGCUGGCCACAUGACCCGGAAGCUGUACGCCGGCUCCCUCGGCCAAUAAAUCGAGAUGAGCACCGCAACCCCAGAGUCGGUCAUGACUGGACCUAACGAACAGGGGUCCCUUUACCUUAUCUAACACCUUGAGCGCAAUCUGGUAGCAAAUGGGCAGUUCUCUGAGCACAGGUGUUCUAUACGCUACAAGACCUCAUCUGUGCUGCAGCAUUCUGCACUAACUGCAGCUUCUGGAUGAAGCGUGAGGGAAGCCCCACAUAAAGCACAUUGCAGUAAUCCUGUCUGGAAGCAAACCAACACAUGAACUACUGUGACAAGGCUUUCCAAGAACGGCCAUAGCUGUCAAGCCAGGCUCAGUUGGUAAAAGGCACUUCUAGCCAUUGAGGCUACCUGAGCCUCUCUGGUGACACACCUGGAGCCAGAAGCACCCCCAAACUGUGAAGCUGUUCCUUCAGGGUUUGCACAACCCUAUCCAGAGUAGGCAACUGGCCAAUUUUCUUCAGCCAAAUUGAUACCUUGUGUUAGAACGCCUUAGCACUAAAACGGAAGACAGAAGUGCCUGGCGUGCUCUGGUCCAUGGGGUCACGAAGAGUCGGACACGACUAAACGACUAAACAACAACAGCACUAAAACGAACCAAAAAUGUCACAGGUAGGGAUGUAAGAUGGCAUAGUUUUUCUUCACCCUAUAUUAAUUGUAUGUUACAAGGCAUUUGCAACCCUGUGAACAUUUGCUGAGGUUUAAGACCCACUGAAUUUUCCUGGACCCUAUUUUUGGAUAGGCAUCCCCAGGAUUGCUUUGUAAACGUUUUCAUUUGAGUAUUUUAGAUUUUUUUUAUUUCUGCUUCGCUGUUACUUUAAAACAUGCUAGAAUGAUGUUUGAAGUCCACUUUGGUUGUGCAGGAGGACCAGGCAGGUAAACCUGAGGCAGCUUGGUUGGAUGUGCCACUCUAGGGCUGAGAGUGCCUUUCGUCUCCUCAAGCCCAGCCAGGGGAACUGGAUUUGUGACACACAACUCCCAGAGCUGUUGUUUUCAUAUAUGGAGCCCACUUUCAGCUCUUCUUUCUGUUGCAACCAAAACAGCAGAGAGGCUUCCUCUGGCACCUUACAGACUAACAUGAGGCAGGUGCACAUUGUAUGCACACAGGUACACAUCUGGGCAGGCUUCAAGCUUGAGGGGCCCUGGGCCUAGUUCCCUUGUAACCUGGGCCAGUCCUCUGUGGGCUGUAAUGUAAUAUAAGCCUGUAAUAGAUGCUGGGGAACCACCAUUUUUAUUUCCUUCAAUGCCCCUGACAUUUUUCCACUGGAGGAAAAACAGCUGCAGGUGGCAGGCAACCUCUCUCUCUCGAAGCGCUGAUUACUGUUAUUAUGGUAGUGUUUUGGAGAUUUGUGAAUGCCAUUCAUUUGCAACGUACUCACUAGAGGGUUUUAUUAUCCUGGUUGCUGUUAUGCAGUAAAAAAAAUCCGUUCAGAGCUAUAAGGUGCAGCUACAUCGUUAACCAUUCUCCUAACAAACAGCUUUUGUGAGAGCUAUAAAACAAGUAAACUAACCGAGGCAUGAUUAUUUAGGAGACCACCUUUCCCCACAUACUUGUAAUCUCCUCUGUCUUCUGUGAGAGAAAAUGAAAUAGCACAGAAAAGAAAUGGUUGUAAAGCGCUUUGCACAUAUAAAAGCCGCAUCGUAUAUGAUAAAAAAUAAAUUGCUGCCCAUAUUUCAAAUGCGUUGUAUUUCAAAACCUACCUGCUUGGCUUUCAGACAGUCUUUGGGAGAGUUAAAUCAGCAACAGAUGGGGAAAUGAGAUUGAUGGGGUUUAUUUUGUUUUUCUGAGGUUAUUUGACCCAAGUCUUUGGGGUGGCUGGUUGAUAAAUAAAAUUCAUUAAAAACAUGAUGCAUUAUGCCUAUAUAUAUUUGACUAAAAGAAGAAACAAUUUAUUUCCUUUUAACUCAUGUAACCAGAUGUGAGCUGUGGCCAAGCAGAUUUCUUUUUUGUUUGUCUAAGCACAACAUCGCAGUAGAGACUGAACCAUGGUUACAGUUCAGAAGUAAUGGGGAAUUGUGGUUCUGCAAACCUGGUUGUCUUGCAGUGAAUCCAAGGACUGAGCUCCACAUUCUGGAAAAGGAUUCUGCCAUUUCUGAAUGCCAGUGGUGGUGUGCAUGGAGGAAAGGUCCUGAUUAACCAUAUCUCCUUGUUCAUGGGAAGCUAUUAUGGCAAGGAGAAUACUAACCUAGGUUUCUUCUCAGCAUGCUAAUCUCCUCUGUGCUACCUGGCCCUACCUGCUUCUGAACCCUCUUUCUGUUCUUCCUUGUUUGACAAAAGCUGCCACUCUAGAAACUUCCACUCCUCAAGCCUGUCAGGAUUAGGGAGCUCACCUCAUCACAACCUAUGCUGUUAAUGGUGGUAGAAAGUGGAACACAAACAUAGUAAACAUUGUGCAAGCCAUAAAGCUUGUGAACUGGGAGGAAGAAUGAAUUCUGCACAUUUUUUAGUGCUAGGUGUACCAUCUGCAUAUAAUGUGUGGAAUCCAUUAUUUAUAGGCAAGCGUGCAAUAAUGUUCUCUUCUGAUCUUUGCUUUUUAGUAUCAUUUUACGGCGAAAGCUAUGUGCAUUUAAACAUUGCCGAAUCGUCCUCAACAACUUCACUGAAAUUACGUUUUCAAACAAGCAGACCAGACGGGUUACUUUUUCUCGCUGCAGGAAAAGACAUUUAUUUUUUGGUGGAACUACAUUCCGGAAAUGUGCAGGUAAGAUUCUGUGCGAACAAAGGUGUCUUAUGAGCCAGACAAUUUGCCUGUCUAACUAAGCACUGCCAAUUUUGAAGGAACAGAAGGUCCUCCGCGACAAAAAUUACAUAUGCCAGCACUGGUAAAACCAAAAAAACGACCCGAACUUUCCAUUUCCUUUUGAUUGUGGCUCGUUUGCUUUGGUUUUGGCAGUGGCUCUCCAAGGUCUGAGGCAGGCACAUUCUCCAGCAAGACCACCAGGAGGAGCUGUUGUUGGAGGUGCAGUGCUGUGGAACUACCCUCCCAACGCUGGCAUUGCUGCUUCUUACCUGGACUAUGUGGGAAGGGGGCAAGGUAUCAGCAGGGUCCAGGGACAAGAGUGCUGGAUUGAUUCUGCCAGUGGGCCAUGCAGCCUGACCUUGCCAUAGCUCUGCUUUGCCCACACAUCAUUCAGGUAAGCAGCAAUGGUGCUGGCAGCAGGGGGUAGUUCCACGGCACCGCCUUACCAGUUUGGCCAUUCCUGAAGGCCAUUGAGAUCCUUUUUAACUGGCGAUGCCAGGCAUUGAACCUGAGGCUUCGAGCACAGAAAGCAUGAGUUCUGGGCCUUCCAGCAUUAGGUAAUGCAGGCUCCAUUUGAUUGAAAUUAAAGCUAUAGGAGCAGAUUCUAUGGUGUAUUUAUAUCUCAAUAUUAGGACCAAAUGGGACGCGGGUGGCGCUGUGGGUUAAACCACAGAGCCUAGGACUUGCCAAUCAGAAGGUUGGUGGUUUGAAUCCCCAUGACAGGGUGAGCUCCCGUUGCUCGGUCCCUGCUCCUGCCAACCUAGCAGUUCGAAAGCACGUCAAAGUGCAAGUAGAUAAAUAGGUACCGCUCCGGCGGGAAGGUAAACGGCGUUUCCGUGCGCUGCUCUGGUUCGCCAGAAGCGGCUUAGUCAUGCUGGCCACAUGACCCGGGAGCUGGACGCCGACUGCCUCAGCCAGUAAAGCGAGAUGAGCGCCGCAACCCCAGAGUCGUCCGCGACUGGACCUAACGGUCAGGGGUCCCUUUACUUUUACCUGUUAGGACCAAGGCACAAAAGACUGCUUAUGCCCUGCUCAUUUCACAUGAGCGCUAGAUACGUAUACUGGAGCAACUAUUGACACCUUUCCUUAUCAUGAAGCGGAAUGCUGUUUCUAGGACCUUUCAACUAUAAGCCAUCUGUUCUUCCAGAAUAAGAGCGUCGUUUCAUGGUACAGACAGGGAUGCUUUGAAAGUGGUUAGGAACUACAGUCAUUCACAUAAGGCCAUGGCCAUCGUUGCAGCUAGUGAACUAAACCACAUCGCAUGGCUUCUUGGGUGCGGUGGUGCCAGUUGAAUGACUGCAGGAGGUUUUGGAGGGGGAAAUGUAGAUGGCACAUUUUAUUAUUCAUUUGUACGGCAUCAACUGACUUUGUGGAGUUCUCAGAGCUGCAGUACGUAUUAGGUCCUGAUCCAAAGGACUUUACAUUCUGAAGUUCUGUGGCUACUCUCUUUCAAAUGGCAACCCCAAAAGAAAAUGGGAAGAUAAGGUAAUCUUGAGCUUUACCAGUGCUAAUUCAUGCAGUUCAUGUGACAUGGAUAAAGUUCCAUGAACAUGGAAGACACUAUAUUUGUAAAUGCAUAAAUAAUACAGAAAGCAUGGUUUAAAUUGCAGUUAAGUGAUCAGGGCUAAGAUUGCAUCAUGCACUUGAAAUGCUUAUCGAUUGAUCUGAAAUAUUUAUUUAUCACCUUUCUACUUUGUUUUAAAGUGCUUCAGGCAAGUUAUUUCCUUUCUUAUCCUAGUCUGGUUCAGAUGCAAUGCUAAACUAUGACUUAGUAUAGGGGGUAGGCAACUUUGAAGAUCUAUUUCUUUUAAAGGCAAGGUGUCUGCACUGAUCCCAAGAGUUGCCUCGUAUUUAUAUCUGUGUUUCAUGCAUGCAGUUAGUUUAGGCUGCAAUUUUAAGUGCACCUACCUAGGAGUAAGACCCAUUGAACCUAGUAGGACCUACUCCUGAUUAGAAAUUGUUGUGCUUAUGCUGUUUGUUAUCUUUUCCUUAAUGCAUUUCCUAACUCACUGGAAUAAUUAAAACUAUAUCCCUUUUUCUGUAGGUGAGAAUCAAUCUUGGAGCAGGAGAACAAGUCCUCCGUUCCCAAGGAAGUUCCCAGCUGAAUGAUUUAACGGCGCACCUUAUAGAAGUCCAUUGUGAAAGAGAUAACGUUAUACUGGUGACUAACAAAAAUGAUCAAGCUGCCACAAAAUUGCCCGGUGUCCUGUUUGAACUAAACUUUCAACACGGCCUCUAUGUUGGCGGAAGUGGUGACCUUGAUGUUCCUUACCUCGAUGGCGCACAAACAAAUUUCCGGGGAUGCAUUGAAGAUGUGAUAUUUAACCAGCAUGACAUCCUGUCAUCCCUGAGACCUUCUCCUAGGUUUAAAAAUGUCCACGAAGUGUCACUGGGCUGCAGCGAUGAAUUUUUUGCAGGCGAAGAGGAACCUAUUAGUUUCUUUAGCUCAAAGUCGUAUGUUUCUUUUCCACUUUGGAACACCCAGACUGAAAGAGUCUUUGAGUGUACAGUGCAGACCACAGCUCAGAGAGGCUUGCUGCUGUACAGUUCCGGUCCAGCAGGAGACUUCGUUGGAAUGGAAAUUGAAAAUGGUCUAAUUAAAGCUCAUCUUGGAAAGGGAAAGAACAGAUUUCAGCUUUCUUCCCUUAGCCCUGUCAAUGAUAGCCAGUGGCACUCUGUCAAACUGAAAAUCUCUGCAAAAUAUAUUGAACUCAUGCUAGGCAAGGAAACAGUGAAAAAAUCAUUACCCUCACACACUAAGCUUCCUGUCCUUAAGGAGGCCUUUUAUGUAGGUGGAGUAAAUGAUAUUAUCCGUGCCAGAGUGCUGAAGCUGGGGUUAACCUCACUUUCUGGGAGAUAUGCUCAAGGGGGAUCAUUCAGAGGCUGCUUGAGAGAUUUGAAAAUUAACUCGGAAAGGAAAUCCUUGAAGGAUGUUCUUGUGACUAAGGAUAUUUCACCAGGAUGCAAAACCAAAAGCGCCUUUAGUACAAAUCCAGUUGUAGCACCUGAAAAACAACCUGUUGGAACAGCAGCUUCCAUGUCUGCUGUCAGUGCUGUAGCAUCCAAACUCCAUGGGAAAGAGAGUCACGACCACUUUGUAGUUGUAAACAACUUGAUUGUUCCAGAGGGUGGGCAAGCAGCGCUUGAAUCUAAGCACAUUAAAGUCAACGUCGAAUUCAAGAAAUUAGGGAUUCGGCAGUCGCAAAUCCUUUUUAAAGUUAAAGACCAGCCAUCUCAUGGCUAUUUGAGGUUGGAUGUUGAGUCAGAGCAGGAAGAGUCUACAUUCACCAUGCUAGAUUUAUGGCAAGGCAGAGUUCUGUACGUCCACAAUGGCUCUGAGGAAAGCUAUGAUUAUUUUACUUUCUCAGUUUCUACGAGCAGUAAAAAAGAGAUGCCUCCAUAUUUGCAAGGAAACAAGAACUACAUGUUCACCAUUACGGUGAAGCCAAUAAAUGAUGCUCCAGAGCUCACACUCCCCAAUGGAAACUUGUUUCUUCUGUUUGAGCACUCAAAGAAAUGCCUGGGUGUAGAUUCAAUAAAUAUUUUGGAUGAUGAUACAAGUGCUGCUGAUCUCGUUAUUACAGUCCUGAAUGCAGAUGCUGGGUUUCUAGAAAAUUCCAAGAUGCCUGGCAAGGCCAUUACUGCCUUUCCUUACAGAGACUUACAAAAUGGUAAUGUUUUCUUUGUCCACACUGGAGCCAAGAACUCCAGGAUUGUUCUGCGAGCGAGCGAUGGGGAAAAAGUCAGCAACACGGUUGUGUUGCGUGUCAUGGCAGUUCCCUUAGAGUAUAAGUUGGUCAACAACACGGGGGUGGAUACGCUACAAGGCGAAGCAGCCUUGAUCAGACCCAGCAAUCUGGCCAUCGAAACAAAUGCCUUCCAACAAGAGCUGGAUAUACGAUACGAGAUCACAGAGCCGCCCCGUUAUGGAGAAAUUCAGAGACAGCAAGCCGGUGGAGAAUGGAAAGAGGCAAACUCUUUUUCUCAACGCUCCAUUGAACGUGGCCGCGUGAGAUAUGCUUCUACCUUCAAAGAGAUUCUGCAAGAUAAUCCCCUUGAACAUUUUAAAUUCAAAGUUAGCAUUGGCAGCAAAAGAAGCGAAGAGUUUCUGUUCCCGGUCAUGGUGAAAUGGUUGAGGUACAAUUUAUUGAGACAUGUGCCACUAGUAAUUGACAAAUCAAAGAGGGAGUACCUUAGCUCAGAUUAUCUUCUUGCUGUGCUAGGAAAAGUAGAAGUGCCAGGAAAUGAACUUUAUUACAAGUUGCAGUCCUUGCCUGAGAAAGGAAACCUUCUACUUUAUAACACACCUUUGCAAAUAAAUUCAACAUUUAGCCAGCAGGACAUUUCUGAUUAUAACGUAGAAUAUCAGUUAACAGAGUGGCCCCGCGAAGAAACGGAAGACUCGUUUCGAUUCUUAAUUUCUACAAAAUAUGUGGAGUCAAAUAUCUAUGAUUUCAGAAUCAGCAUUAAAGCAGACCCACGGAACAUUCUUUUGACGAACAAUGGCCUCAGUGUUCUUGAGGGUGAAGGGAAACUGAUCACGAAAUCAGAAUUAUUUGCACAGACCUUCACCAAUAAGACCUUCCAAUAUAAAGUUACAAAGAGUCCGCGUCAUGGAAAGUUGAUGCUUAUUAAUCUUUCAGAUUCCCAGGAAAGUAACAAUAACAUUAGCAGUUUCACAGAUCUGGAUAUAGUUGGUAGAUAUCUCAUGUAUGUACACGAUGAUUCUGAGACGCAAUAUGAUGAAAUCCAUAUCACAGCAACUGCCAAGGAGUUGGAGGAAAAGGUGAGCUCAGACUCAGAAAUGGAACCCCCUUUAUCAGCAGAGAUCAAAUUUAACAUUUCUGUCCAGCUGAAAAAUGAUGAGAAACCACUUCGUGUCAUAGAUAAGGUAUUUCAUGUUGUUAAGAAUGGAAGGAAACUGCUGACCUUGGCUGACCUUUGCUACCAUGAUCCCGAUACUGAUUUUGAUGAUAAUCAGUUAUUGUACACCAGGCGUGGCAUUCCUAAUGGAGACUUGGUUUUCGUCAAUGAAACGUCUCGUAGGCUGUAUCAGUUUAAGCAAGAGGACCUGGCACAAAGGCGAGUCCUGUUUAUGCAUCGUGGGGCAGACUACGGUCGCUUUGUGCUGUUUGUAACUGAUGGGAAGCACUAUACUUCCUCACUUCUCGAAGUAAGUGCUUCCGACCCUUAUGUCCGUCUAGCAAACAACACUGGGUUAUUGAUCCAGAAAGGACGAGAGGGAGUGAUCACCACAGCUAACUUGAGCGCUGCCACGAACCAAGAUAUUAGAAGUGAACACGAAAUUACAUUUGAGAUCUCUUUACCUCCAAAGUAUGGGCAGGUCUUGGUAAAUGAUUUAGCAGUGGGCACUUUCACUCAGCAUGACCUCAAAGUAAGGCACGUGACAUAUAGACAUGACGAUAGUAACAAUUUGGUUGACACAUUUAACUUUACAGUUUAUGCUAAAGGUGCCAGGUUGGAUGCCGAAAUGAACAUCCGCAUAUUCUUGGAAAGUCAUCAGCGUCCACCAGUGAUCGUAAAUAACGGCAGACUUUUGGUUGAGGAAGGGAAACCAGUCAAGAUCACUAAAGGGAAAUUGCUGGUAAGCUGAAGUUGUCUAAUCAUUUUAACAAUAUAUCUUGAAGCCCAGUGUCAGGUGGCAGAGGAACCAACCCCCUACGGCAGGUUGCCAGGAACGGAUAAGACAAGGAAAAGUCCUUACCGACUGCUUUUUAUUCAAUGUUUACAGAGAGAGGCUUGGAAUGCAGCCCCUUAGAGUAAUAUUGUUGUCCCAAGUGACUCUCCACCCCCUUUUUCUUCCACUUCCUCAUUUGUCACCUUCUCCCCUACCGGUGGCCAGAGGGCCCUUUGCUUCUGAGCCCUUUGCUUUCCCACUUUCAAGGCUCGCCGGGUUCUUGGAGAGGAGGGUUUGGAAUGCUUUCUAAAGACACUGUGUCCAUCAGCUGUUGCCCUCAUGGUGCUUCCUCUUCCUCCUCUCCCAUUAUUUCCCAGCUUUCCCCCUCUGAUCUGUGACCUCCCUCAAACCCCUGUUGUAAUUCUGAACUGUCUCCUUCUUCUCUGGAAGGGUCAGGCUAGGGAGGCGGUCUCCCCCAUUCCUCCUCUGCCCAGUCCCUGACACCCAGAGGGUUAGCCAAGCGGAAAUGUGACCCAUGAGCUGAAAAAAAAAGGUUCCUGUCCCUGUUAUUAGUAGGCGUGAUGCUUCUUGUCUUAAUGCUCACUAUUUUGCAAGCAUUGGUGUUUGAGCUCUUGAGUGAAAGAUUGUAUGGUCCAUUUUUAAAAUACUUUGGGGUUGUUGUUUUUUAAAAGGCAGGGCAAGCAUAGUUCAGUGGCUGAAUACACUGUAUUCGGAUAUCGCAUAGCAGUGCCUGGAGCCUGGAAAGGAAACCCUCAGAGUGGACAGCACUGGGCUACAGGGACCAAAAGUCUGACUCCGUAUAAGUCAGCUUCAUACAUUUGUAUUCUGUGCCAGAAUGCAGAUUAUAUGCAUGCAUAGUUUAGCAACAGCUGCCCAAAUGGUGCUGUGUCUCUACCCUACCAACUCUGCACCAGCAAGCAGCUUUUACAAAGAGCCUUGGACAGACUCAGUGAAUAAUCUCAUAGAUGGAGGAGUGUUGUGUUGUACUUUCUAAGGAUUAAAUGUGAAAACUGUUUUAAAAGAAAGAAGGUGGUUAUUCUAUGCUUUUCAUGUGCUUUUCAAGGUUGUGCAUGAAAACAGUUUGCCAUCAGAGAUAGAGUUCAAAGUAAGGUCAUCUCCAAUGUAUGGGUACCUUCGGAAGUUUGCAUCAGAGGAAGGCUACCUCGGAGCAGAAGAAAAUCCAGUUUUGUCCUUCAACCAGGAAGAUAUCAAUGAUGGUAACAUCCAAUAUGUGCAGACUGUCUCUGGCCAACUCCAAGACUGGCUUUCCUUGGACGUGACCAAUGGAAUUCGGGGACUCAGUGGAAUAGAAAUUGCUGUGGACAUCAUUCCAAAAGUGAUCCCAUUAGAAGUACACAACUUCACAGUCACCGAAGGGGGUUCGAAAAUCUUGGAUGAAGAUGUUAUAAAAAUCCCUAAUAGCCAUUUUGCAGGGCUCAAAUGUGAAUUUGGUUUGAUUGAGCCACCGAAACAUGGGCGGAUUGCAAACUCUAACUUUCCUGGAAUGGCACUGGCUCAAUUUACCAGAAAACAGGUGAGAUUACUGAAAACACAAUUCUGUUUUAAAUUAUUCUUUAAAAAGCAGUUCAGAUUAUUAUUUGGGAACUGUAUAACUGGGAGUGGUCAAUAUUCCAUUGAUCUGGACAGUAUGUUGCUUCUGACAAUGAGAAACCUCCCACAUUUUAAAGAAACAUAUUGUCUUCCAUUAUUGUAUAUUGUAUUGUUUAUUGCAUAUAAAACAGGACAAGAAUGAUGUGAAAAGUAACAUGACAGUUACUUAGGUACAUGUAGUGGUUGAAUCCUUGCAGUUUCAUUUUUGGAACAGGCUAGAUUCUUAAUUUGGUUACUCUCCCUUUUCAGCUAGAACAAGGAUUCAUCUUCUAUAUUCAUGAUGAUAGCGAACAGCUGCUUGACAAUUUCACCAUCAUAGCAAACAGCACAGAACUGUGGAAGCAAAGCUUGCCUCAAAUGGUAUUUGUGACUAUUUCACCAGUAAAUGAUGAACCCCCUGUUAUAAGGCGAAACAAAAUACUUCGGGUAAGACCUGCAUUAUUUCCAAAGUUUUUCAUCUGGGUUAUUUGUGCCUUAUUUCUGUAAAAGACAGCAUGCACAGCUAGAACUGAAAAGGUCGUCCUAAAUUCUGUAGAAUUACCUUACAUGCAUGGAAAACAUUGGCUAGUAUCCAGUUAAGUUUUAUUCAAAGUGGAGCCAUUGAAAUUAAGGAACCUAAUUUAGGCCCCAUCUGCGCUACACAUCUGAAGCCGUUUCAUACCACUUUAAACAGUCAUGGCUGCCCCUAAAGAAUCAUGGGAAUUGCAGUUUGCUAAGGGUGGUGAGAGUUGUUAGGAGACCCCACAGAACUAUUAUUCCCAGACUAACCUGGAAAGAGAGAUUGAGUCUUAAAUCAUGCUAUGCUUUAAAAUGCUUCUCCAUAUUUAAUACCCCAACCCUCUGGUAUUCAAUAGAUUUGCCCUUUUAUCCCUUCACAACGUUUGUAACCCUCCCCUGAGUUAUUUCCAACUUGUGCAAUGUGCUGUUAGAUAUUCUGAAGGAGUGGUUAAUUCAGCAACGAUCAGUCAUUUUGACAAUUUACCAUUUGAAACUUUCUUCACCUUUUCCUUUUUGGAAAAGGAGUGAAUGAUUCACAAGCCCCUUUUAGUCAAAAGAUUAAUCACAUGUUCAUGAUUGGCCUCUUGGGGAGUGAUAUACGGUAUGUGGCUUCUGUUUUGGAUUAUUAAGCCUUUGAAUAUAUUCUAAGCAGAAUUGGUCUCCUAUAUCCUGCCUGUUUCAAGUUAGCAGGAAUGCAAUUUUAUCUAGAUGGCAUCAACUUGGAUCCUCACUAUCCUUUCAUGAGUGCAAGGCCUCUUUCCAUUUCUGGAGGAAACUGAGACCCUCUUUCUCUGCUAGAGAAACCAGGGGUAGUGCAACAUUUUUCACUGAUCUCCCCUUCCCCAUCCAGAUCGUCUGCUUUGUGUGCAGAAUAUCCCAGGUUAAAUCCCUGGCAUCUGCAGGUAGGGCAGGGAAUAUUCCUUUCCUGAAAAUCUUAGAGAGUUGCUGCCAUUCAGGGAGAUAGUACUGAGGUAGCUGGACCAAUGGUCUGUCUGGGAGCCAGUGUGGUGUAGUGGUUAAGAGCGGUAGACUCGUAAUCUAGAGAACCGGGUUCGCGUCUCCGCUCCUCCACAUGCAGCUGCUGGGUGACCUUAGGCUAGUCACACUUCUCUGAAGUCUCUCAGCCCCACUCACCUCACAGAGUGUUUGUUGUGGGGGAGGAAGGGAAAGGAGAAUGUUAGCAGCGUUGAGACUCUUUCGGGUAGUGAUAAAGCGGGAUAUGAAAUCCAGACUCCUCUUCUUCUUCUGCCCCAGUAUAAGAGAGCUUCCUAUGCUCUUAUGUCGCACACUACUCCAGAAAGUUCCCCAACCUUCCAGAACAGAUUUUCAAGAAGCCACAGGAAGCAGAGGGGAGGGAAGAUCUGCUGCUUCCCAUUCACUUAGUUAGGAUCUAAGGUGGCCAUCAUUUCAAGCAUAGGUACAGAAGUUCAUCAGUAGUACAGUAGUAUAUCUGUAUAACCACAAGGGGGACAUGUUUUCAUUUUUGUGGAAGCUUCUCCAGUCAUCAGAAAACAGAAUCAUAGAAUUGUAAUGUGAGAAGGUGCCCUGAUGAUGGUUCAUACCAUUUUAGUAUUUAAUUUAAUUGUACAGCAGUGAGGCGUAAACACCCCCACCCUGAUCUAGAAACAUCCCCAUGAAAGCAGAUUCAGUUCAAAGCAGGUGACUUUUUUAGAGUAAUGUUUAGAAUUUAAAGAAUAAAUAGACAGAAUUAAAUGAUUGUGGAUACAUUUUGAGCUUUGGAUAUCCAUGAACUCCAACAAUCCCUUGUACGGUGGCAUAAUUUAUACUCCCUCCCUCAGAUCCACUCAAGUAAAAAAAAAGAGAGAAAAGAAUCUGGUAUUAUAUUUGUAGAAUGUGUUGAGACAAAACUAGGAAAACAGAUAAUGAUCCUUUUUUGGAAUGCCCUGAAGUUUAUGGGCUGGGCCAUGAGGAAGGUAGUAAUAUAAAGAUUGGGAAUCCAUGGCAGUCCACAAGUUGUUGGGCUCCCCCACUCCCAGAAGGCAUGGACAGUUACAGCCCCACAAACUCUGGAGGGUCACAGAUUCUCCAGCCCUGCUUUAAACCCGUUGAAAUCAGGACUCAGUCAUAAAAAACAUGUCCCAUCGAUUUACUCAGAACAGACCUGUUGAAAUUAAUGCACCUAACUUAGCCAUUAAUUUCCAUGGGUCUCCUCUGAGUAAGACAUAGUUGACUAUGACCUAUGUAACAGAAUACAACAAUAACACUGAUGAAAUCAAAUCAGUAGAGAUGGAGGGAGGAGUUUGGGGAUGGGGGGUGAAGUGAAAGGGACAAAAAAGCCUGGUUAUAAAGGGGCAUAUAUAUGCAUGCCAAAAAUACGAUCUUCUUCAAGCAAAUGUCUCCCUGUAUGAUGGCUACAUCCAUUUCUAAGGGUUUCCUGCCCACGUUGGAUUCAGUGACAUCUGGCAUGUCUUAACCAGUUAUGUUUGGUUAGUAACCACUGUAAUACUGUAGUAACACCUUUCCAGGAUUUGGGGAGAUGGUAAACACCCACUGUGGCCCCAGAGUUACGUUACAACAAUAGAAAAAUUCAAUAUUAAAAUCAUUUCAUCAUUUUGAAGACAUUGAGGUUUUUAAAUUUUCUCUGGGCACAGGAAAGCAGGAAGCUGGAGAGUUAAUUUUAAUUUUGCAAUACUGGAUCAUUUCUUAUGGCAAGGGGUUCCUAUUUGCUUCCCGUCGAGAAGGGUUGCAACUAGACAUUUCUGCACAAUAACCUACAUUCUUUCUUCUUUCCCUUUUUGAGGCAGGCGCUACUUUAUUGUCUCACUCUAAACACACAUUCUGGUGAUCCCAUUUCACAAUUAAAGUAUCUGUUUUCCCUUAGCAGAGGCAUCAUCAGGUAUCGUUUGAUGUGGUGGCGGUGUUUCUGUUGAAUUCAACAUGAGAAUGAAUUUUGUCAAAGAUUGCUGUGGUUCUUUUAAAUAUUACAUGAAACCUUAUUGCCCAACAGCAGCUUAACAUCUGACGUGUUCCUUCGUGAUGAGGAAGGGGCUACAAUAAAAUGUGAAAUUAUAAGUAUGUACAAAGGAUGAAAGACAAAAGAGGGAGACAUUAGCCUUUGCAUGAAACAGUGAUAAUCCUGUGUCAACAUGUGAGCAGAUCCACAUCGAUUAGUUCUGCCUCUGACAUCAUGGAUGCCAGAUUACCUCUCACCCAAUAUCUGUACAUCUAAUGUGAAUGUCGGGUGGUGCAAGCCCGCUUGCAUGAUAUAACUCCCACUCACCCAUUGAUUCAGCCCAGGAGCAUUUCUUGUGAAUGGUGCUAUUGGGCGUAGGGUGUCUUUUCUCAGUCGUUAGCUUCAUUCAUUUUCUUUUGCAAUGCUUGCAUUUGUUCUGAAAUGUUGUGGCCAGGGUACAAGUAACUGUGAGUGCAGGGGCAGUCGUUUGCACUUCUCAAAUUGCAGUCCCUGUUUCCAUCCGAGGCCACCACCACCAGUGACGGGAAUUUCCGAAACAGUUUGUGAUAACAACAUACUGAUGGGACAGUCAAUCCCCAGAUGUCUCUUCCGGGUUUAUCCUUAUAUAUUUAUAACCAGAGCAACAAUAUUUAGUUAAUUGAUCAGAGUAAUUGAAUAAAAACAAUUUGAGGGGAUUGUGCAGAAGUGGAGACUUUGAUACUGUCCCAGGAGAAGAUUAUCUUGGAGGUCCAGAAUUAGGUGUGAGCAAGACCCCCUAGCAUGAAGCAAGUUUCCGUGACUGUUUUACCAGUGACGUGGAAGAGACUGGGGGUCGGGGAGGUGGUGAAGAGCUGGGAAUCUGUGUUGCAAGCAGUACUGAGGACCAUAGCAAGCCUGUUAUUGCGCCAGAAAGCAGACCUACUGAAUAGGGAAGCCAAGGUCUAGUUUGGGAGAUAUUUAGCUCUUUGAGGCAUUGCAGAAAUGCUAAGUGGGCUCAGAGUAGGCUUAUAAGAAAGGGAGUUCCCCUCACAUUUUUAAUGAACUAAAAAUAUGGCCCUGAUUAUACAGUCAUACCUCGGGUUGAAUGCGCUUUGGGUUGAGCGCGUUUGAGUUGCGCUCCGCGGCAACCCAGAAGUAACGGAGCGCGUUACUUCCGGGUUUCGCCACUUGCGCAUGCGCAGGCGCUCAAAAUGACGUCAUGCGCAGAAGUGGCGAAAAGCGACGUACGCAGACGUGCCAUCGCUAGUUACGUUUGCUUCUAGAUGCGAACGGGGCUCUGGAACGGAUCCUGUUCGUAUCUAGAGGUACCACUGUAAUAGGGCAGCAGAUUGUAUUUUAUCUUUUAAAGUAAUUUUUACUGUGAGUACGUAUAAAGAUGUUUAGAUGUUGAAUGAGGGAAGUAUUGUUUCCUGUGCAUGAGAAAAGGGGGAACUGGCCUUCAAAGGUGAUUUGAUUUAUUAAAUCUGCAUAAAUUUUUGCAUUAGAAAAAUAAUAGUUUUAAAGAAGAAAACCAUACUUUGCUGUUAGAUGAUGCACACAGAAGACAUCAACUUAGAAGAAGCAUUCUCCCAUCUUUCUCACACAGAAUGGAACACCUCUUCAGGAAUGACAUACAUAUAUGCAGUUUAAAAAGUUAAUUAAAAUCUGCUGCCCCCAUUUUUUCCCCCAGUCAGUCAGAAGUAACAUCUCCAAAGAGCCAUCACGAGCUGACUUGUCAAACAGUAAUGAGGUGGCCUUUCUUUUAAGCCAGCUUUGUUAUUUGCUCUUUGAUGUUGCAGACACUUUUCCAUAAUUGUCACACAGCUGCUGCUAGAUGGAGCCAGCUUCAUUGUGUGGCAGGGGGGAAAAUGCCGCAAACUGGAGAACAGAGCAGCCUCCGAAAAAACCAGAAAUUAGUCAUGUCUGAUGAGUAUGCAUUUAUGACAAGGCUUAGCGGAUUGGCUAAAGAGCGGUUUGGGGAUGGGUCAAGAAAGCUUGCAGAACAGCAGGCAAACCCUGGCCCAGAGGGGUAACUUCUUUUAAUCCCUUGCAUCAAGAACAACAAAAUGUUGUGGCACCUUAAAGACUAACAGAUUUAUUGCCGCAUCAGCAUGUGUGUAUGUUUCUUUUCCCCUUUUCCCUUUUACUAUCUUGCGGCCAUGUGCACAUUGCAAGUGGAUAUCCAAGGUAUUAUUGCUUCUGGCAUUCUUCCAAGCCAUUUUCUUCUGGCGCCUUUCUUUUGACCCAGACUGUGAGGUGCAGAGCAUCAGCAUUAGCCCAUCUAUUUCCCUGUUUGUUUCAGUCAUAGAUUGGCCUGCAGUUCUAGACUUCAAUGAAACACUGCUGCUAUUGAGAUAGGUAUCGAGACAGAGUGAGUCACGCAGACUAUCUUUGUAAGCAUUCAGCUGCUCUCAGGCUAUACACAAUUCCUUCUCCUACUGGUUCAAUAUCUUAUUUAAGUCUUUGUAGUUUGAAAUGAUUUUAAUGAUGGACCUUCCUAGGUCUUGCCAACCUGCUUUAGUUGCAAAGCUGUACAUUUAACCACUUGGGGUAACCGGAAUCAAUUUGUGUAAUUAUUUCCUGUUUUUCUCUUGUGUGUAUGUGUGGUUUUUUUUAAAGGUCUGGGUGGGAUCAGUCACUGAAAUAACUGUGAAUGACCUCUGUGCAGAAGAUAAAGAUUCUUCUCCCGCAGAACUCUUGUACUCUAUUUCUCCUCCAAGCAAUGGUCACUUGGCACUCAAGUCUUCUCCAAACAAAAGUACCCUUAAUUUUACCCAAGCUCAUAUUGAGGAAGGACAGUUAGUGUUUGUCCAUAAUGGUAUGUCAUGUUCAUGUAUCAGCUGUUGAGUGUUGUGAUUUAUUUUUUGGAUAUAUCUCUUACAUUUUAAUUCAUUUAAGGAUGCCGGUAUAACCCAACAUAAUAAUAUAGGACAGCCUUGGCAAAUCUGGUGCCCUCCAGAUGUUUCGAACUACAGCUCCCAUCAGCCCAAGCCAGCAUUGAUGUCAGAUGGAAAUACAUACUAAAAACUCAGAAAUCUGGAAGCUAAAUUUUAAGACAAGUAAAACCCCCAUGGAAAUUAUUCUGUCCAUAUUCCAUUGAUAUGAAAGUGGGAUAUGGGAGGAGCAAUGGUAUACUAUAUGACACUUCUCAAUCACCUUACAAAGAUUGCUCAAAUUUUCUUUUUUCUUUUGCAAGCCUAACAAUUCCAGAAGAAUAAGGGUGCUGAAUGAAAAGUGUAGUCGUGACUUGCUACCACCCGAGUCAUGCAAACCAGACCUCCACCACCCAUCCCAGUUUGCAUAUAAGUGCUAAGCCAAACCAUGGCAUAGUGUGACCGUGUGAGUGUGAAAGGUUUUGGAGAGGACAUCCCUGCUACUUUGCUCUGCUUCCAGUUCUGGUACUGGUGUGAAGCUGUGAGCUAAGCCAUAGGUUGGCUUAGCUUGUUGUCUCAACUCAAGCUCAUGGUUGGUCUCCUCCAGACAAAACAAGAUCGAUAGGCAAGGCUUGUUUUUGGUUUCCAGCUUGCAGUUUGACUGGAAGAGACCAACUACAUGCCUGGGUUUAGAUGACAGACGAAGGCAAGCAUGGCUUCUCUUUCUGCAGUCCAUCAGGAUGAUCAAACUUGCCAUGAUCUCUUCAGAAGCCCACAUUCUUGUUCAUAUGUGCUAAGCUAUGGUUUGGCUUAGCAGUACGUGCAAACUGAGCCAUUGUCUGUCCCUUUUCCAUUGGAUCUCUUUUGAAUUCUGAAAACUUCUGAUGCAUUACGAACUAAUCCCACCUUCUGUAGAUAAUGCCACAAUAAUUUGUCUUGUUUACUCCACUGAGUAGUAAGUAGAGUCCAUCACCCACUCAGAUCUUUCACUUCGAUAUGGACACCAGAACAUAGGGACCCAGUCCACAUGUCAUGGUAAACCAUAGUUAAUAAAACACAAAAAAUACAUUUCCUGGACUGUAUGUCUCCCUCCAAUAAUAUAUGGAGGAAACAAACUGCGUUCCCUGGCUUAUCAUUAUGACCAAGCAAGGCAUUUUGGUUUGGUUUGCUUGCAACAAAUGACAACCAACGAGUCAAGAACAAACCUUAGCUACUUAUCAUGGUUUGUUGAUGGUAAAACAAACCACAAUUCAUGGUUCAGAUAACGAUUAGCUGGGGAUCGUGGUUUGUUUCAUCGGUAUGCUAGCAGGGAGGAACAAACAUACCAGAAAGGAGCAAUUGUGGUAAACCUUCAAUUAUGGCUUACCAUGAUAUGUGAACGAAUCUGCUGACUGAAAACACUGAAGUUCAGAUUUUUAAAAAAGAAUAAAAAGGAUUCCAUUGUCCAAGUUCCACUUGUAGGUACAAAGAUUGUCUGUACAUAGAAACCCAUCAUAGUCAUUCCAGAUUUAUAUAUUUUUUUCUUAGUUACUUAGUUUUACUUUCAGAAGUUUCUGGAUAAUUUUUGUUGUUAUAAGAGUCUAUCCAUCUUCCCUCAGGGACCAUGUCUGGAGGCUUCAAUUUUCAAGUGACAGACGGUCUGAACUUUGCACCUCGACAAAUUUUUAGCAUCACAGCUCGAACUCUGGUUAUUCGCUUAGAAAAUAACAAUGGACUGGCUGUCUUUCCAGGUGAGACUUUAUAUUUUCAUUUUUAAAUAUCCAGGAAAUAAGAAUAAACUCUGGGGCUAUGGAAUGUCUAACCCAAUAUUCAGUGUUUAGCUCUUACUUUAUGAGAAAGGAAAAAGGGUUUUGGGUGUUGCAAACAUGGAGCUCCCACACCAUGUUAUAAAACAGGAAGCUGCUUUGCAUCAAACCAGCCCAUUGGUCCAACCUGUUCAGUAUUGCUUGCUCUGAUUGGCAGUAGCUCACAAGAGUUUCAGAAAGGAGUGUUUACCAGCUGCACCUGGAAAUGUCAGGGAUUGGACCUGGGGCCCUUUAUAUGCAAAGCAUGUGCUUCACUGAGCUGUAGCCUGCCCCUAAGCUGGGGGUUGAGGGCCUGUGGUCCUCCAGAUGUUGAUGGACUACAACUCCCAUAAUCCCUCACCAUUGACCAUGUCGACUGGAGCUGCUGGGAGCUGGAACCCAAGAACCUUUGGAGUAUCACAUGUUUCCCAUUCCUGCCUUUCCCAACCUAGUGUCCUCCAAAAAUUGGACUCCCAACUCUCAUCAACCCCAGCCAGCUUAGGCAAUGGUCAGAUAUAAUGGGAGUUGUAGUUCAAUGGGAGUUGUAGUUCAAUGGGAGUUGUAGUUCAAGUUGUAGUUGACUUUAGGUCAACAAUAAUUAAUAUCUGGUAAUAGUUAUAUGCACAUUCACUCAAGUCACGUAUGAACUCUCUCAAAGACUAUAUAUUGUCAGACCCUAUAGGUGGAUGCUGCUAACAUGAGACAUUCUGUAUGUUUCCCAUUAUGAAUCCUAAAUCUUGGAAGCAGAGGAAUAUAUGAAAUUCUCUCUCACACACACACAAAUUUACUUAAUUUGCGUAAUUCAGUAUGCUUACAACAUUUGGGUUUUACUUUGGUUCAGCAUAUUUUUAUUUAUAUAUUUAUUUUAUUUACAACAUUUGCACAAUUCACAAUAACUUAAUGUUCUCUGGGUGCUGAACAGUAAAAACUACCAACCAUGAAAAUAAAAUGCAGAGCUGCUCAUAAUGAGCUGAUUUAACAAAAGAAGCAAAGCAUGAGACUUGGGUUUCAGUCUGAAUAAAUGUGAUCGUAUUAAGCUGCAUGGGUAAGGCUUUUAAAAUCUAAACCCCUGUCCCCGCAGUUGCUUUUGGUCUUCUGAGAUAGCUCCAGGCAUUAGCUUUUAUAGGGGUUUUUAUGGUAAGCCAAAGAUAAUUAUAAGCAAACUAUUCCUGGUGCAGUUUUGAAGGAGCCGUUCCACUAUUCCACUUUCCCCAUGUGAGAAAAGUAAUGGAUCUCUCCAUACAUUCAGCUCUGCUCUGCUAGGGCUGCAAUAACUGCCAAGAUUUUCUCUUGAGCACUUUUUGAGUUAGAAAAGUGCUCAUAUAAAUUAAACACAGCUUUGGCUACUUUGAUUCACCUCUCAGUUGUCCUGCAUUUCUUAGACCAGGCUCUGCCAAGAUGGCGCCUUCUAUAUGUUUUGGACUACAACUCCCAUCACCUCCUGCCUGCCCGCUCUUGGUUGUUGUAGUCCAAAAGUUGACAAAAGCUGUCUUAGGCUUUCUUGCAGUCUUCCUUCCCCCCUGUUUUUGUUCAAUUGUUAUUAAACAAAUGAAAAUCUCUCAAAUAUGGAAACAAAAAAAUGUGCUGUGCAUCUAUCUUAAUUCAGGUUCACUUUUAAAGUCUACUUUAUAUAUUCAUCUGGAUAUUGAUCCUGCAAGUUAUAUAUGGAGCUGUGUCUGCUUGUUGGCAUUAGAUUGGUAUUCAGUCUUCAAUCCAUGUUGCUUCCACCUCCAGAACAGUCAAAGAUAGGGCCUUUUUGGUGAUAACUCCACAUUUUUGAACGCUAUCCCAAAUGAGAACAGUUCCAUAAAAUUGGGCCCACAUUACUGGGCACACGCUUCCUCGUGAACAUGAGCCGUGGAUCUUAGCCACAGGGAACCAGUAACAGUGACCCCCUGAAAACCUCAGUGAUUGGGCAAGAAUAUCAGGGAUCAGGCAGUCCUUGAGAUGUCCUGGACCCAAGUUGUAAAGGGCCUUGUAGGUUAAUGCAAGAACCUUGAACCUGACUGGUAGCAUAAAUCAUUUUGCAGCAGCUGGAGGCUCUAGAGCAGACCCAGUGGUAGUCCCACAUAGUAAAGUACAUUGCAAUAAUUGAGUCUAUGGCACAGCUAGCCACUGGGGCUACCUGAGCCUCCAGUAAUAAAGAUGGAUCUAGGAGCACCCCUAGACUCCAAACCUGUUCUUUCGGAGUGAGUGCAGUCCCAUCCAGAACAAGCAAUGGGCCAAUCUCUCGGACACAAGAGCCACCCCACCCAAAGUGUCUCCAUCCAGAGUUCAAGCUCAGAUUAUCAGCCCUCAUCCAGUCCAUGAUUUCACUCAAGCAACAGUCUCUAGAUCACGCAGCCUCUCCUAACUCAGAUAUUAUGGAGAAGUUGUGUGUCAUGAGUAUGCUGAUGACACUUUGCUCCAGAACUCCUAAUGACCACACCCAGUGGCUUCAGAUGUAGGGAACAAGAUUGUACGCUGCAGUACAACAUAACCCAAGGACCGUGUUGGUUAGGCUGGUCCUUUUUUAAAAAAUCCUGUCCUUUUUCUAAGUAGUUGAGGCUGGCAUAUGUAGUAUCCCUUCCUUUUAUCUUCAUGAUAACCCUAGGAGGUGGUCUUGGUUAAGUUGAGAGAAGGUUACCAGUCCAAGGUCUUCCAGUGGCUAUUAUGGCUGAGUAAAACAAAGUUAACUGAACAACAUCCCAAAGCACUGCCUGUUUCAAGACACUAAAAUCAUAUACAGUGGUACCUUGGGUUACAUAUGCUUCAGGUUACAUACACUUCAGGUUACAGACUCCGCUAACCCAGAAAUAGUGCUUCAGGUUAAGAACUUUGCUUCAGGAUGACAACAGAAAUUGUGCUCUGGUGGCGCGGCGGCAGCAGGAGGCCCCAUUAGCUAAAGUGGUGCUUCAGGUUAAGAACAGUUUCAGGUUAAGUAUGGACCUCCUGAACGAAUUAAGUACUUAACCCGAGGUACCACUGUACUUACAUCUAUGAUUCUAAAAUACAUGAUUCUGUGAUACUGCCAAUUUCAAGACAAUUAAAUGAUUUGCAGUUCAUUUCUUAUACUUGUGAAAGACUGAACUAGUUUAAAAGUUUUUUUUGUUUUUUAAAGGUUUCUUUAUUCUUACUGUCCUUUCUGUAAGUUUGGUUGAGUUCCUGCUUGGCCUCUUUGACCCAUUAUAUAAUAGCCCUCUGUUGAGUGCAUGAUGUAGCAACAAAAAACGUUAACCACAUAAGCAUGGACGUUAUUAUUGGUGAAAUACAUCAUUGUGGAUUGCAGACAAUACUUUGCUGGAGCAAUGUAUCAGUUUUGUUUUAAUUACCUUGAUUUCUCCAUCCCAAUAUUGCAUUUCUAGAUUUCGGUUUAAUGCUUUAUAAUUCUCAGUAGAAAUAAAACAAGUUACUUAGUAGUUCUCCUGCUGAUCAAUUUCCCCUUAAACUUUGCUGCAGUGAGCUUCUACAAAUGAAGAGAGAACCUGUUCUGAACAGUAACAAAGAGCUGAUUCAAACAUGCAGAAAUUAUGGGUUGUAUUCAGUUAAAUUAUGGGUGGUAUUCAGUUAAGUUUUACCGAGAAGACACCCACUGAAAUUAAUGAACUUAUUCAUGUUCAUUCAUUGCAGUGGGUUUACUCUGAGUAAAACUUAGUUGACUACCACCCCAGAAGUUGAACAGUUCUUCCUAGACCAUACUACUUCAGACUGGGAGUUCAGUUGGCUUUUGUACAUUAAAUUGGGAGGGACCACUGCCUUGUCCUUGGGCGGCAAAAUGUCUUGAGCCAGCCAAUUACAAUUGCACGUUAAGCAAUUUAUAUGCUAAAAAGUGCUCAGUGCAAUAUUAAUAUACUGCUUAUAAUUAUUCAGGUUCUAAGAAACCCAUUACAUCUCACCAUCUAAAAGCUGUCACCAAUGAAGUAGCUGAUUCGGAAAACAGAACUAUACUAUUUACUGUUGCAAAAUCCCCGAAGCUUGGAAGACUCAUCAGUGUCUCUGGUAAUAGCACACAGGAUAUUACAAGUUUUACGCAAUCCAUGGUAAGAGUCCGUUUUACUACGGGUGUCGGCAAUAUGGCUUUGUUACAAAUACUUCUCUGCUGUCCGUUAUGUUUACACACUUAUUCGAGGGGAAUUAGACAAUAUUUUCACAGAAAAAUUCCUACCCUUUUCAUUUGAUCAAUAUGGGCAGAAGCUUGUUAGGGACAAUAUUAUACAGCAGGGAUUCCCAAAGCAUGAGCCAUGGAAUUCAGAUGGUCUGUGUGGCUUGCCUGUACAAAUACAAUUAAAUAUCACACAGUUGCUACAGCAGCCAGAAGAAUUAUUAAGUGUUCCACCAAGACCCACAACAAUUUAUGAAUGGUUUGGGGGUUGGGGGCAUUUGGGAACCACUGUUAUAUGGUGUGCUAAGUUUAAUGUGAAGGGUCAACAUUUACUAAACCUAUGUAAGAAAAGGGAGUGGAAGAUUAUGUCAAUAUAUAUAUCCUCAACGUUAUAGAAACCAAGUUUGCAUUUGUUCUGGGGAAACCUUAUAAAUUUGAGGGAGUGCAGUGUAUAGUUGCUAAGAGGCUGAACUACAGGAAGUUUCUAGUUCAAAUAUUGCCUCUGCUGUAAACUGAUUAGCAGAACAGUUUCAAACAAAUUUAUUCAGAAGUAAUAACCUUUUUUUUUUUUUAAGAGGGCUUUACUACCUGCUAAUUUAAAAGUAUGAUUGCAUCCCAAGUGACUUCGGGCAAGUUACUCUCUCCUGAGCUAAAAUGUGCCUAUGAGAAAAGUUGCUCUAAAGAAAUAAAACAGACUUUGUUUCUUGGUAAUAUGAUGCAACAGGCACUAUCUUAGGAGAAAGAGGGUUUCCCCACACUAUCGUCUUACACAGGAGGGAAUGCGUAUUUUAAGUCAGCACUUGCCACCUGUAGUUUUCAUAAGUGCUUGUGUUAGUGUUAAAACAAGUAAAAUUCUGCUGAUUGUCUGAAGGUUCCUUAGAUCAGAGUUAAUCAAAAUAUUUAAAUGAAUUAAUCAGCUAAAUGUUGUCGCCCUAAGAAUACGGUUACAAGAUUGCUGUAAAGGGGUGUGGAUCCGAACCCCACAUUGGGCAAAAGAUUCUUACAUCGGAGGAGGUUGGACUAGUAGAUGAACCUUGAGGUCCCUUCCAACUCUACAAUCGCAGUAAUGGCCUGGCUGGGACGUACCUUUCUCAUCUGAUUGACCAUAGUUUCCUGGUUCGGACAUAAUGAGAAACUAUGGUUAGUUAGGUCAAAUCCCAUUUAGAAUAAAGCAGGGAAGAGGCAAUGCAAGGACAGCACACAGGGACAAGGCUUGAGCCUGUCUCAGUUUAUUAAGCUGAGAUAUAUACAGCCAAACCAUGUCAACAAAUGUGAUGUGUUUAAAAUAUUCUAAAGCACAAUAUUACUGACUCUAAAUUCUGAUUAUUGACUUCAGUUUUAAUUAAGACAGUUUUGUCUUCUUGUCGAUCCUUCCUUUCCUUUUCUGAAAGCAGCACAUUUCCAUAGUCAUGUUGCAGGCAGCAGAAGCAAUGGUGCUGCCAGGUUGUGAGGUGGUUUGGGGCGCCAGCAUCACUUCCUUCACCCCCCAGCCCCCUCAUGCUGCCCAAGUUGCUCCUUCCACCCUGCUUUCCAAGUAGCAGGAAGGUAACACACUGGCUAGAUGUUUGUUCCUUUCGUUUUGCAGUGGGGAGGGGAUAAAGGAAAAAUAAUCUGCUUGUUACCUUCCUGCUACCAGGAUGGUAAGAGGAAGGGGGGAGAAUGGGUCGGCUUUUCCUUCUUUCCCCCAAAACAGAACAAAGAAAAAGGGGCAUAUUCUUCCACCACUCCUUACCUGCCAUGUGGGGAGUGAACAGUGUUAGCAUUUCACUCCUCCGUUGCUGGAUGUGUGAUUGUUACAUCACAUGUCUGUGUUUCCUUUCUAGGCUUGGAAAGUGUGAGAACGGAAGCUAGUCUUAUCUCUUCUACUCUAUUGUACUGUCGUACUUUCUUUCUGUCUCUCUCUCUCUGGGAGAAGAAAGAGGAGAGACGCCAUGAUUGCUUUUUGCUGUAUAUGUUGUUGUUGUUGUUUAGUCGUUUAAUUGUGUCCGACUCUUCGUGACCCCAUGGACCAGAGCACGCCAGGCACUCCUGUCUUCCACUGCCUCCCACAGCUUGGUCAAACUCAUGUUGGUAGCUUCGAGAACACUGUCCAACCAUCUCAUCCUCUGUCGUCUCCUUCUCCUUGUGCCCUCCAUCUUUCCCAACAUCAGGGUCUUUUCCAGGGAGUCUUCUCUUUUCAUGAGGUGGCCAAAGUAUUGGAGCCUCAGCUUCAGGAUCUGUCCUUCCAAUGAGCACUCAGGGCUGAUUUCUUUAAGAAUGGGUCGGUUUGAUCUUCUUGCAGUCCAUUGGACUCUCAAGAGUCUCCUCCAGCACCAUAAUUCAAAAGCAUCAAUUCUUUGGCAAUCAGCCUUUUUAUGGUCCAGCUCUCACUUCAAUACAUCACUACUGGGAAAACCAUAGCUUUAAUUAUACGGACCUUUGUUGGCAAGGUGAUGUCUCUGCUUUUUAGGAUGCUGUCUAGGUUUGUCUGUCAAGGUUUGUGCUGUAUAUAUCGCUUAAUAAAUACUUAGAAUGCACAUACCAAUGCUCCACUUUGUUUCUGCUAAACUCUCCUGAGUGAGCGUGCACAUAGUUUUCUGAUAUGUGUCGCUGGAAGCGUGCUGGGACUGAAGAUUUAUGGACGUCCCGAGCUGCGCUUCAUAAGGAAGAUGCCCGGAGAGGUUUGUCUCAUUCUGGGGGCUGCGUGUGCCCCCACCCCGGUGUGUUUCGACAAACAGAUCACUUUUUAUAAUAUUGUUUUCAGUGCUUUAGGUAGAGAUGGUUAGUGCACCAGAUUUGCAGAAUUAAAGAUGUCAGGCAUGACUGUCUGCAGCAUCACUCAGACGUCUUUAUUGCCUGCUCUGUGAAAUGUUUGGGGGGGGGGAGGCUGUUCAGGGACUGUCACUAGUCUGACCCAAGUGGUGCCACUGAGAGGAAGGAAGCUCGCUUGUGUGCUAAUGUGCCUGCCUGUUCUUCUUGCUGUUGCAGUUUACAGUGGUACCUCGGGUUAAGUACUUAAUUCGUUCCGAAGGUCCGUUCUUAACCUGAAACUGUUCUUAACCUGAAGCACCACUUUAGCUAAUGGGGCCUCCUGCUGCCGCUGCGCCGCCGGAGCAUGAUUUUUGUUCUCAUCCGGAAGCAAAGUUCUUAACCUGAAGCACUAUUUCUGGGUUAGCAGAGUCUGUAACCUGAAGCGUAUUUAACUUGAAGCGUAUGUAACCUGAGGUACCAUUGUAUAUUGUACCAUAUGAAGUAUUCAAACAUGAAGACACCCAAUAAAACCACAAUGUAAAAAUUAAAAAUGCCUUAUGGGUUUUCACCUUCCCUAACAGUAUUCUUAGGUAAGGGAUUCUGGAUUCGAAGGCAUUUUUCCUUUCACUUGUGAAAGCACCAGGGUCUCCCACUGAGCACUCGUUGCCAUGAACCAGUGGAUUUGUUAGCCGGCUUGAGGGUAAACCUUUUGUAUUACACAUAGAAUUAAGGUUUUGCGGUCAUGGAGUUCCCACAGCACUUUCACAGGAUUAUAGGUUUUAACUCUGAGGUUUGGCCCAAUUCCACAUGUGAAGUAAUUCUUUUCUGUAGGCCAAAUAAUUAGCUGGAAACUUGUUUUGGACCAGUUCUGCUGUCUUACCUGCAUGUUCCAGUAAUUUGUUUUUCCUCUCUCCUCUGGACAGGUAGAUGAAGGGAUGCUCAUCUAUGAGCAUGCAAAUAAGGAGGCAGUUUAUUGGAAUGCACAGGAUUAUUUUACCUUUACAGUCUCCUCCCCACCAGCAGCUCUGGAUCCUCAGGUGUUUCUCAUUAAUAUUUCUUACGAAAUUAAAGGACAUGAUCGGACCACUCAGCUACUUGCAAAUACAGGUAAAACCAGUAUAUUGUUUUCAAUCACAUUUGUAUGAUUGAGGAACUCACGACAGCUCACAUGAAGUUACCCCUUUCUCUCUCAUAAAACUAGAAUCUCGGGCCAUUUAAGGAAGCUGAAAGUUUGACAGUGAGUAAAGUACUUCUUCACACAGUGCAUAAGUAAACUAUAGGCUGCGGGUGGCACUGUGGUCUAAACCACUGAUCCUCUUGGGCUUGCCGAUCAGAAGGUUGGUGGUUUGAAUCCCUGCAACGGGGUGAGUUUCCGUUGUUCUGUCCACUGUGGCGGGAAGAUUAAUAGCGUUUCCGUGUGCUCUGGCUUCCAUCACGGUCCUCCUCCGUGCGCCAGUAGCACUUUAUUCAUGCUGGCCACAUGACCCAGAAAGCUGUCUGUGGACAAACGCCGGUUCCCUCAGCCUGAAAGCGAGAUGAGCACCAUAACCCCAUAGUCGCCUUUGACUAGACUUAACCACCCAGGAUCCUUUUUUUUUAGUUAAACUAUGGAAUUUGCUUGCAUAAGAUUUAGCCACCUGCCUAGAUGGCUUUAAAUGAGGAUUAGACAAACUCAUGGAAGAUGAGAAACAAUGACUUGCUCUACUGCCAAUGUCUAUAUAUCUGGUUGCUGGGAAUCUUUGGUGGGGAGAGUGUUCAUGUACCCCGGUCCUCAAUGCGGGCUUCCCACAGGUAUGUGGUUGGGCACUGUGAGAACUGGAGGCUAGACAAGAUGGGCCUUUGGCCUGAUUUAGUGGGAGUCUUUCUAUGGUCUUAGCUUCUUUUUAUCUUCACAACUACUCAGUGAAGUAAGAGGAAUGAGUGGCUCAAGGUCAUUUCAUGUAUGUGCAGGGACUAGAGCUCAAGUUUUGCUGACAAAUUCGAACACUUAUCUUACUCCGCACUGGGUCUCCUAUUUAUUUUGGCUAGUUAGAGCAACUCCUCUGCGCAAAUUGUUAAAAGUAUAAUUUGUUUCCUUCCAUUCCAAUGGCAAACUAAGUAAACGGCUACUUCUUUCCCAACAUUUCCUAAACUCGUUCUCCCCCUACAUCUCCUUUUUUAGUCUUUUGUCUCGUUUCUGUUUUGGAAAUUAUAGAUCCUGCCUCAGAUAGAAAGAACUUCAGAGAGAAGUUUGUGUUUCCCUACUCAUUAAAAUAUUAUAAUCUAUCAUAGCCCUCUAAAUCAUGAUUUCUUGCUACUGUGAAUUAAAACUACUUUUUCUUUCUUUGAAAAAACAAUAGGUGCUGUUGUCCAUGAAGGAGGCAAGAUUUUAAUUGACAAAACUAACCUAGAUGGUUCAAAUUUGCUCUUUAAAUUACCCGAGACACAACGUUCUGCAUAUGAAGUAUGGUAUCAAGUGAUAUCAUUGCCCCUGCAUGGCAGAAUUGUGGUGGGAGAAAGAAACAUUACUAGGGAUAAACCCAAUUUCUCCCAAUACAUCCUUAACAAAUUUGGAAUCACCUAUAUACAUGAUGACUCUGAAUCACUCAUGGACCAAUUUAUUUUUGCUGUGUGGCUAAACCAGAAAGGCAAGUCUGCAGUGAAACCCGAUUCUGGUGUUUUAGAAGAGACAUUUAAUAUCACUGUUGUGCCCGUGAACGACCACACUCCAGAGCUAAAGACAAAGCAGCUACAUUUGAAUGUUUUACAAGGAGAUACAGCAGUUUUAGGACCAGAAAACCUGAAAGUGGAAGACUUGGAUAACACCCCGGAAGAGAUCAAAUACACCAUCAUAAGCAAUCCCCCAAAUGGCUACCUAGCAUUGCAGACUCAUCUCAACGAAUCCAUCAAGGAUUUUACACAAGCUGAUGUCGAUGGUGGCAGAGUCUGGUUUGUGCAAGAUGGAACUUCUUCCUCUGGGGUCUUCUACUUUAGCGUGACAGAUGGAAAACACCGUCCACUGUACAAGCUUUUUAACCUUGAGGUGACACCCAUGGCUGUCACCUUGGUCAACCUAACAGAGGUGGUGCUUUCACAAGGGCAGAGCAGUGCUGCUAUUACAAAUGUACACCUUUCGGCAACCACAAAUGGGAGAAACGCUGAGAUCAGUUUUGAAGUAACAGAACCCCUCAGAUACGGGCAUUUAUUGAUCGGCAACGAGCGCGUCACCAAGUUUUACCAAGCCGAUUUAUAUGCAAGUAGACUAAUAUAUUGUAUGACGGACCUCACCGCAACUGGAGAUAGGCUGGGAUUCACGGUGCUCACAUUGGACAGUAAUCUAACAGGACAAGCUAUGAACAUCACGAUCCAGCCUCUUGUGCGAACGGCACAUGGCUUGAACAUUCCAAAUAGGGUGGCUUACAAGCUAAAAGCCAGCGACCUGGAUGCUUCGCAGCUGGCAAACUUGACAAACAGCAACCCCAAGUUUGAAGUGAUGGUGCCUCCAGCUUAUGGGAAAGUGCUAAGGAGGUCAUUAAGCAAUUCUAAAAGGGAAGCUGCAUUCUUCACACAGAGCGACAUCGACAAUGGUGCUAUAUUCCUUGAGGCAGAUGCCAAUAUGACCGGGGUUGAUGUAUUAAAUGAUUCCUUCACAUUUGUACUCAGAGCAGACAAAGUGCAGCCUGCCAUAGGCCAGUUUCACUAUGCCAUAGUGCCACAUGAUCCCUCGCUGAUUCAGAUGUUUACACCGGAAGUGCCACUCUUAACUACUAGCGCAAACAUUUUAAAGACUUACACCGUUACAAAAAACCAACCUGUGAUUUUUCCAGAGGGUGACGGGCACAGUGAAGCACCAAGCCACACUCCGUGGCAUAACCAAAAUCACCAGGGGCAUCAAAACAAUAAAGAAGCAUGGUUUAAUGAGGAGGUUGCAAGAGGCAGAUCUGCCUGGACCGAGACCACCAUCAAAACAAGCUCCAGAAGCACCUGGAUUCAGCCCCCUCAUAGCAGCAACCGACUGCUCAUCAUUGUACCACUCGCCGCUGUGGCAGUUCUGUUCAUUGCGAGUGCGGUGGCCGUUUGCGUCUUCCUAAUGUGUCACAAUCCCAAAAAGACCAAGCCUCUCGUUGCAGGCCAGCCGCCAGCAGCUCUCAGCAGCCCAGGCUUUUGCCAGGAAAGGCGUUUGACUGUCCCCGUGGUCACAAUGACACCCCUGCUAGAAGGUGCAGGCAAAACAACCACCUUCCCGUUCAUGGCGGUCAGACGGGAGCAUCUUCAUCCUGUGCCAGUUGCCCCAGCUCCAGCCAAAGAAAGUCUUCUGCAAAGCAGCUGGUCUAGACUUGACCCGGAAAUGAUCCAGCACUGUCGGAAAACCAACCCAACUUUGAAGCGCAACCAGUAUUGGGUCUAGUGUGCCAUUGGAUCAACUGAGGAACAUGUGGGCUUCUGCCAUUUUGACACUGGGUUGCUUUUGAUGGUGUGUAUUUAUUUUAGGUUAAAAUAUGCAUUCCCUGGUUGUUGCCUCAUUAGAAGCCCUGGCAGGUCAAGUGAAUAUCUUAGUGGGCUUUCAGCUAGAUCGGGGUUGGAGAACCUCAGACCCUGGGGCUGAAUGUGGCUAUCCAGGCAACUUUACCAGGCUUCUGGGACUCUCCCCAACCACCCUCCUCCCUGAGUCUGUUUGCCUGGCUAGAAUGGGUCCUUGAACUCUGAAAAGUUGUCUGGAUGGAGGGCAGAGAGGGAUGUGUGAGGAUGUGUAGAAACAAACAUAGGACUCAGCUACGUUCGUAGAUAUAAAGCGCUUUAUAUGUGUUAACAACACUGUGACGCCAGAUGGCACUGUGGAGUCCCGUCUUUCGCCAACGGGAUUUCCCUGUAUGAAGUUUACAACGCGUUUAACCAGAUUGCUUCUUUGAUGUGUCUAGAUCCAGCCCUACAGUACAGAAGUAGAAUUAGCAUGCCUUGUUCCACCCACGUCCAUUCCUGGCUCCCAGUCACCACUGGCAUGCGGCCCAGAAGGGAAGGUAGCUUUUUUAAAAAAGGUAACCCACCCCUGAACUAGAUACUUAAGGUCCAAUCUUGUUGGUCAGUGCACAAGCAAAAAAACCCCAGAAAGAGGCACAGGGGCCACUUCAUCCCACUUUGGGUGGCUUGGCAGUAUUGGGGGAAUAUCUAAGAUGAUGUGCCUACUUCCCAACAUGCCUCAGUGCUAUUCUGCUUGGAGCAGCUGGUAUUUCCAGAGUUAGUGCAUGCAAAAGCUCUUGCAUCAGGGUGAGGAGCCUUUAUUCUGUUGAGUACUGCAUUCUCUCAGGGGUUAACCACCACAUGCUAGGGGUAGUUUGGGCUUGAGCCAGAAGUGGGCAGAGUCAGACCUGAAAUGAGUGACCCUCUCCCUUUCUCUCCCUCUGCCACCUUUUCUUUUGGUUUCUGCCCCCCUUCUCUCAAUCCCUUUCCCUCUUGCUACCCGCCAAGACUUAACAGAGGGCCACAUCCCUGUAGAAAUAGCUGGGGACAGAAGUGUACUAAAGGCAAAGGUAGUUUAGAGGCUGAGGUUAGGGCUUAACUCAGCAGUUCUCAACCUGUGGGCCCCCAGAUUUUGUUGGACUACAACUCCCAUCACCCCUGAGCUCUGGCCUUGCUAGCUAGGGGUGAUGGGAGUUGUAGUUCAACAACAUCUGGGGACCCACAGGUUGAGAAAGGCUAGCUUAACUGGUGAACUGCAAGGAGGGUGUAUUUUGGGGUCUUAGAGCUACCCUAAAUCACAGCAGGGAAUUAGUGCAACAUUCUGAUAAGCACUGUGAAGCUUCCAGAUUGGCCAGGCUUUUGCCUUGUCAACAGAUGUUGGAACAAAGAUGGAGCCUUGAUAUCUAACGUGACUUGCAGGGUUUGUACCUGCCAUAGUUUGCUGGUUUGGAUGUAAUGGCAAGUUAUGGUUUGCCCCAGACCAGGAAGUUACGGAUCAAGUGGAGCACACGGGGGAGAAGGGCGUGUGCAAACACAGGGCUUUUUCAAGUAUUGCCAAGCUAUGGUUUGGUGUGACAGCCAAACCAUAAAUAUCUUAUCAAUCACAUAAUACUUUGUAUCCUUCUAUGCACAUUUGUAGACUUAGGGUUUCAUGGGUAAAAUAUGCAGUUUUUGACUCGAGAGUCUCUAUUUUCAGAAAAGUGUCCAUUUUGUUACUUUUGCAAUCAGCUGGGGAAUGUGUGCAAAUGCUUCUAUGCAACAACAAUUUUAAAAAAUCAAACAUGAUAUCAGCAGUUUUGCACCCUCUCUCGUAUACUGAGCCUACUUGCUUUCAAAAAGAUGUGGAUAUUCUCCUCCCCCACCAAAAUAAUGGGCCUGGUGCUAAUCUCUACCACAUCCUUCUGACCUUGGCACAGUCAGAAGGCACAAUUGGAAGACAAAACCGUGUUAUGGUGAUUUUGAAAGGUAUUUGUUUAGGUCUGUGAGCAAGGAAGCCACAAUUCUCUUCAGCAGAUGAAAUGGAUGGCAUAGGGCAUGUGCUGUCGUGAGCGUUCACUGCUUUGUGUGUUUUUCGUUACAAAUGCUGAACGUAGUUAAAAAAUACAUGCUUCACCUCUCAUCCGUAUAGCAAAUCUGCAUGGCCGUCGGCCAGUCUGCAGCAUUAUCUUUAUGUUUAUGCCUUAGUCUAGAGCAAUAUAUCCUCUUGUAUAUUGCCAAGCCUGGGCCAAAAUUCUGUCUCGAGUUGCACAAAAUAAGAACUGAUUUAGCUUGAAACAGGUUCAGUAAGAACUCUGUAUUAGAACAGCAGAAAUGAAGCUGUUUUGUUGUAUCACAGAAUGUGUUCUUCAGACUACUAUAUGAAGUUGAAACAGAAAUACACUGUAAAACACAGCAACACUUACCACAAGUCUGUAGAGUCAAGCGUGAGCCACCCGUCACAUACUACGGUCUGCCAGGGACUUGACGUCCAGUUUCUCUUGUCCUAGGUUGCCAACAAGAUAUACCUCUUGGUCUGUGUUCUGCUGUUGGGUUAUGCGCUGUGGGCUACUCUGAAAAUUUCAGUUUCUCAUUUUUCCGAUCUUCAGUUUCCCACAUUUCAGUUAAUCAGUUUGUGAAUUUUCUUGUGAAUUUUAUUUUUAGUCUUCAUGAAAAUUCACCAGCCCUUUAGUGCGAAUUUCUCCCAAUAUGCUUAGUUUUAUAAAGCAAUUUCCCUCAGUAUAAUGCAUUUUCGUUUGUUAUUUUUACAAAUACAUGCUUUUCUAUGCACCCUAGUGCAUGCACCCACACCAAUCAUUACUUGACAGGUGAACUGCACUGAAAAAAAUUAGAGAAAUGUGAAUUUCAAAGGAUGGCUGAGUUUUAGUUCACAUAUUGUUUUGGAAAGCGAGAAUUAGGUUUGCCUAUAAAGGCAAACUGGAUCAAAUUUCUCUGCCACCCCUAGUUGUGGGGGCCUGAUGCCAUUCAUGCUUAAAUACCACAGAAGACUGCUGCACAGUCAGUGUGUUAUUUUAUUCUUAUUUGGUUGAAAUUGCAUUGCUGCAAGCUUUCAGUUAUCAUUUCUAAGGAAAAUACGCUUUUUUAAAAAAUUCGGGUAAGCUUUAUUUGAAAUGUUAAGGAGAGUAUUUCUUCUAGAAAUCAUGACUUAAAGCUUGCAACAGUGUGAUUUAGCUACCAAAGGGUCCAACCUUUCCCUCUGCUUUAGAUAUUGACAAAAUGCGUGCUGGUUUCAAAAGGUGCAGAAAUGAGAGGUGACUAUACGUAUGUGUGAGUGUGUGUGUGUGUGUGAGAGAGAGAGAGAGACAGAGACAGAGAGAGAGAGAGAGAGAGAGAGAGAGAGAGAGUGUACUUAAUAAUACAUCAGAAUAUGUAAAAAGACAAAAUAGCUUUGGGACAGUCAGCUGGUUAAUGACAUUUCUCAUUUCAAAAAGUAACUAUUCUCAUCCCAAGAUGUACGUGUCUAGACCCACACAUGGCACUGAGCUGCUAUCGUUUUCUUGUUUUAAAAGAAAAGCAGCCUGCAUUGUUGCAAGACACAGCUUGCCAUACACCGGAACUGCUGUUGCAUUGAGAAAUCUUACCAGUCUGCUGUGUGCUGUUGAUACAAUGCCACAAAAGUCGAACACUUUUAGGCUCCACUGAUUGCAAGCGGAAAAAGGAAAACAAAUGAAAUGAAUGAAAUGGGGAAAUGUUGCAUUCUGGCUGGAUUUCAUUUUUUUAACCUUGUAAUACUGCAGCCAUAAAAGUGGAGGAGGGAGAAAUUAAGACUAAUCAAUCCCCUCCCACAUCCAGUACUUUGCUGGUUUUGCACUGGCAGUGGGGAAGUGAAAGUAGAGUAGCACUCUUGACUCUUGAGCUCCUCUGUCCUCUUACAUUUUGAUUGGAUUUACUGAAUUCUGCCAUACGAGCUUUGCUGCUGGCGUAGUUUCCUUCCUGAAUUGUUUUUUGGGGAAGACUUGGGAUCCUUGGGAUUCAUGCUUUCCCCAGAUCUGUCCCCAACACAUACUCCCUGUUAGUUUCUAUCAGCAUUGGCGUUGUGAUUUCAGGGAAGGCAAGGGUUGUGAAAGUUUCUUUGGUAAUGGGUAACAGGAUAUAUGGGGUUGGGCCUCGCUAUGUGAAGGCAAGCUUCUCUCUUUGCCCUCAGAGGAGGAAACCCACCCUAUCCUAUGGUCCAGGUAGACAUCUUCCCAUGAAUUGCAAGAUAAAUUGUUCCUUGCCCCCUGCUGUUUUUUGUAACACUGGGAUUUGAGAAUAGCGUUUGAUUUCCAAAUACCUGGCAAAAUCACAAAGCUGAAUUGUGAUAAAUUGGCUUUUAUACAGAAAGUAUAUUUUAUACAAGGAAAAUGUCUGUUGCAAAAUAAUUUAUGAAAAAUUGAAACUGUAAUGUAGAAAUGCAAUAUGGUUUUAUUCCGCUGCAAAUAAAAUCUAAUGUC